UAUCCUCAUCAUCAUCAUCAUGAUGUUCCUUUUCUUCUUAACCCUUCCCAUUUCUUCCCGGUUUCAUCAAAAUUCUGUCACAGUUUUCACCAAUUGAAUUAGGAUCGGUUCCAGAACUCGAAUCGAAGCGUUGCUCGCAAUUUCCCAAAUUCGAAUUUGCUUCUUCUUCUCCUUCUCAAUGGAAGCUGAUUUCUCGAUGAAUGAUGAAACGGUUACACUCACACAUGAUCCAUUUGAUGCCAACCACGAUAAUGUUAAUGUAGAUGUCGAAGCGGAACGAUGUGGAAUUUGCAUGGACACUGUUGUUGACAGGGGAGUUCUCGAUUGCUGUCAGCACUGGUUCUGCUUUGUGUGCAUUGACAACUGGGCUACCAUCACUAAUCUCUGCCCACUUUGCCAGAAUGAGUUUCAGUUGAUCACUUGUGUACCAGUAUAUGAUACCAUUGGAAGCAAUAAAGUUGAAGAUGACUCGCUCUACGGAGAGGAUGACUGGUCCAUUGAAGGGACGAAUAACACUCUGUCUUUCCCCUCCUACUACAUUGAUGAAAAUGCAGUUAUUUGCUUGGAUGGUGAUGGCUGCAAAAUUCGAAAUGAGUUGUCAACUAUUGAAGGAGAUUCUGAUCUUGAUACAUCAAUCGCUUGUGAUUUAUGUGAUAGAUGGUAUCAUGCCUUUUGCGUGGGAUUUGAUACUGAAGGUACAUCUGAGAGUACAUGGUUAUGCCCAAGAUGUACGGCUGAUGAAGUUUCUAAAGGAACAGAUACCAAUUCAACAGAGAGGGCAACCGUGGAAUUUAAUCCAGAUAAUAGCAAGGGAGAGUGUCAUGCCGAGGAUUCCUUUUCAGGAAAAGUGUCAGUGACUAUUGCUGAUACUGGAGACACAGAUGUUGUUGUCUCAAUGAUUGGCGGAAAUAAAUGGGUUUCGGCAUCAAGCGAGAAAGAUAUAUUGCCUCUUGAAGUUGAUGGGGAUCCACUGCCUGAGUCAUGUAAUUUGAUGUCUAACACAAACAAUCAAAAUCAGGGGACAGAGAAGACAACUAUGUCACCAAUUAGGGAGGGAGAAGAACUGGAGCUAUCAUUAUCACACAAUAUGUCCUGCAACCAAACUUCUAAAUCCUUGGUGCAUGAUGAUUUAAAGGAAAACGUCAAUGGAGCAAGGAGUAAACUGAGUAGCUUUGAUGGAACCGAGAUACUGGAUGUGUCCCAUGUUAAAACUAGUCCAUCUAGAACUGAAUCUGAUAUGGGUCUUCAUCUUGGUUUGUCUGUGGGCUCUAUUUUAUCUGGAGAUGAAACUGAAAACAAUGCUUGUAAGGACAAUGUCAGAGUCACUGGCGGAAAGAGGAAGCAUGUUGAUUACAGUUAUGAGCAAGUUCAUAAAAAAGUUGAUGAUGGAGAUGGCAAGCCUGAACUUUCAGUUGAAGUUUCUCAAAAGAAAAUUAGAGUAACUGAUGGUCAAAUGACUAGUGCUAAUGACUCAGCUGAUGCUCUUCUUUCUGACAAUGCAAGAAAAAAACCUUCUUUAAAACAUCCUCCAACCCAGGAGGUUGUGACAUCGGAUAUCAUGAAUAUAGUUAAAGGGACAAACCGGAGGCUUUCCAAGGAACUAACUGGCACUUAUGCUUGUGACAAGCUAGCUGAAAAGAAGGAAAGUAUGGCUGGAUUGAGGGUUAAAAAAAUUAUGAAGAGAGUUUCUGAUGAUGGAGAAUCAUCUUUGAUGGUUCAAAAUCUACGGAAGGAAAUUAGAGAAGCUGUUCGUAACAAAUCCUCUAUAAAAUUUGAGGAAAACCAUUUUGAUCCAAAGCUUCUUGAAGCAUUUAGGGCUGCUAUAACGGGGCCAAAAACUGAACUUGUAAAUAAGUUAUCCCCUUCAGCUCUAAAGGCAAAGAAGUCAAUGUUGCAGAAAGGAAAAGUACGUGAAAAUCUAACAAAGAAAAUUUUUGGGACUUCCAAUGGAAGAAGAAAGCGGGCAUGGGAUAGGGACUGUGAAAUUGAGUUUUGGAAAUAUCGUUGCACGAGAGCUUCGAAGCCUGAAAAGAUCGAAACUUUGAAGUCAGUUCUUGAUCUACUAAGAGGAAGUUCAGAGAACCUAGAAUCAAAGCAAACUUCUGAAUUUGAGGCCAAGAAUUCUAUCCUUUCUAGAUUGUAUCUGGCAGAUACAUCUGUUUUCCCACGGAAAGAGGAUGUGAAACCUCUCUCUGUGCAUACAACUAUUGCUAGUUCUGAUCAGACUAAACAAAAUAACCCACCAGGAAAAGGAUCAAAUCUAUCUCUUGAUAACAAUUCUGUUAAAACAACAGAAGUAAAUAAUCUUGUAUUGAAGGCCAAAGUCUGUUCAUCUGGAAAAAAAGUGGAUAAGAAGAUUUUACAUGGUCUAGUUGGUGAUAAGUUAGCUUCUGGCAAAGUAAGUCGCUCUGAAGGGACAUUGAUUUCUUCUUCAACUGGUGCCAAAGUAGACACAAAGGAGUCAGGGCUUAAGUCUGAUUCUAUGAAGGGUGAUAAAAGAAAAUGGGCAUUGGAGGUUCUUGCGAGGAAAACAGCUGCUGCAAGCAGGAACACAGCAAAUGAAAGUCAGGAAGACAAUGCAAUGUUUAAAGGAUAUCCUUUGCUUGCCCAAUUACCAGCUGAUAUGAGACCAGUGCUGGAAGCUUGUCGCCACAAUAAAAUCCCUAUAUCAGUGAGGCAGACACAGCUUUACCGCCUGACAGAGCGCUUAUUGAGGAACACAAACCUGCCAGUCAUGUGCAGAUCUGCAGAUACAGAAUUGGCUGUUGCAGAUGCUAUUAAUAUUGAAAAAGGGGUUGCUGACAGAUCAAACAGCAAGCUCGUGUAUCUGAACCUUUGCUCACAAGAACUCUUGCAUUGCAAAAACAACACAAAAUUGACUGCAACUACAGAUGCAAAUCCACCAGCCUCAUCACCAGUGCAUACUGAUCAAUCAGAACCGAGUACUGAUGAUCUUUUGACUGACCCAGAAGUUCAAAUAGCCUUGAAAAAUGCCGGUCUAUUGGGUGAUUCACCUCCUGGCAGUCCAUGUAAGGACAAAGAAACGUGUAAUGAAGAUGGUGUGUCAGGGCCCGAAAAUAUACUUGAACUGGAUUCUCAUCCUGAGCUGGACAUUUAUGGUGAUUUUGAGUAUGACUUGGAGGAUGAAGAUUUCAUCGGUUCUAGUGUCUCAAAGGUCUCCAACCUAAAGCAAGAGCAAAGUGAGUCAAAAGUGAAACUUGUUUUCUCCACCAUGAACUUCAAAAACACAGAUAAUGUUUUGGAUUGUACAGACUGUGAGAGGUCUGAAAACAAGGAAGUGCCAGGAGAUGCUCCCUGCUCACCAAAAUGUAGCAAUGAUGCAGUCCAUAGCGAGUCUACAAAUGAGGCGGGUAUUGGCCAGCGUUCUGUUUCUUCUGAGCAACUACUAUGUAAGGGUGAUGUUGAGCCAGCUGAUUCAGAAUUCGAAGAGUUAUAUGGCCCCGACAAAGAACCACUUAUAAAAAAAUUCCCAGAUGUUGAAUCAAGAUCCUUAUGUGGAGAAGGAAAGACAGAUACUUUGACUGAGGCCAAUUAUUGCCAUAAUGAUGAAAAACAUGUCUUAGACAAAACAGUUAAUGCUUCCAAACUCAGCAAUGACAAAUCUGCUACUGUAUCUGAGACUGGUGAAAAAAUCCGAAAGGAGGAAGAGAAAUCUGACAUUGCUGCUAAGCAGUCUGAUUCUGUAAAUCAUGUAGCAAGGAAGGUAGAAGCAUACAUCAAAGAGCAUAUUAGGCCACUGUGCAAGAGUGGUGUGAUCACGGCUGAACAAUACCGGUGGGCUGUUGCAAAAACAACUGAAAAGGUUAUGAAGUAUCAUUCCAAAUCAAAGAAUGCUAAUUUCCUCAUUAAGGAAGGGGAGAAAGUAAAGAAACUUGCCGAGGAGUAUGUUGAAGCAGCCCAACAGAAAUAGAAAGAAUUGAUUCCGAUAGCUCCUUACUCACCUUUUCUUGAGGAUAAGUAGACAUUGAUUGAUAAUUGAUAUCAAUUACAAAAUCCAGUAUGUCACUCUGUUAUUUUAUAUUUUUUAGCUAGUUCUUAACACCUCUCAGUUGGUGACGCGGUGGGUGUCGGGCGAUAGCAACAAUGGAGUGCGCUGCGUGGCAGUGGUGGUAUGGUUAACGGCGUCAUUUGAUAUCACUGGUAGUGCUGGAGGUACAUGGAUAGCGUUGAACAUGGUUGCCAAUGCCAUGGUGGGAAGUAGAAAGAAGAGACGUAAGAAAAGAGUGGGAAUGAAUAUGUGACGAAUUUCAAAAACUGAAAACUAUAAUGUAAAAAACCUCUUUUUUAUUUGAAAUUGGUCUAAAAUCGUUUUAAAUUUGAA